GCGGCGGCGGCGGGGCGGCUGCACCCGGCGCUGGCCUCGGUGGCGGCGGCGCUGCGCCUGGAGCCGCCGGGGCGCCUGGCCGCCGCCGUGUUCCCGCUGCAGCGGCUGGCGCGCUGCCUGGAGCCCGGCGCCGAGGCGGCGGCCGCGGCCUUCGGGCUCUUCCAGCCGCGGGCGGCGGAGCUGCUGCGCGCCGAGGCGCUGUUCCGGGCCCGCGGGCCGCGGGCCGUGCGCUACGUGGGCUCGGCCACGCGCGUGGGCCACGCGCCGCCGCCCGCGCUGCCCGAGGUGUGCUUCAUCGGCCGCAGCAACGUGGGGAAGUCCUCGCUGAUCCGCGCCCUCUUCUCGCUCACGCCGGAGGUGGAGGUCAGAGUGUCCAAGACGCCUGGCCACACGAAGAAAAUGAAUUUCUUCAACGUCGGGAAGUCUUUUACUCUGGUGGACAUGCCAGGAUACGGCUACCGUGCCCCAGAAGACUUCGCAGAGAUGGUGGAGGCCUAUCUGCAGGAACGGCACAACUUGAAGAGGACUUUCUUACUAGUGGAUGGAGUAGUAGGACUCCAGAAAACAGAUCACAUUGGUAUAGAGAUGCUGGAAGAGUUUGGGAUCCCUUAUGUGCUGGUGUUAACAAAAAUUGACCGAGCUUCUGAGGGACUGUUGUUAAAGAACGUACUGGAGAUCCAAGAGUUUGUAAAGGCGAAAACUCAGGGAUGUUUUCCUCAACUAUUCCUGGUCAGUUCUGUGGAGUUUUCCGGGGUUCACUUGCUGAGGUGUUUCAUAGCCCAUGUUACGGGAAACCUGCCUAUUGCAGAGACCAGCUGAAAAGACCUGUUCCUGCUCUACUCGGCACGACUAGAACAAAAGGUGGAUGAAGGAACGGACACAUCUUUAAUGGGAUCUGCCUUUCAAUUGCUGUGGGCUUGGAAGAGAGUGAGAUAAAUGACUAACACCUAAGGGAGCUGUGUCCUUCUGCACUUUAUUGUCAGUCAGUGCUGCACCUACCUUCUGUUUUAAAUCCAGCAUGAAGUUCUGCAGCUGCACUCUGAACUGCCAGAGAUGAGACAUGUUUGUUUUAGCCAUUUUACUAUACGAGGAGCUGAAGCACAGUAGCGAGGCCCUGUAUUCUUCAGAGGCACUGUAACAGCUGGCAAAACUUUAUCCCACUGCAGCUGUAUCUGGCUAACUGCACCUGUCCCAGGGAGUCAGAAGCUGGGUAGUUAAAAUAUCAGAAAGGGAGACUGUCUUAAUAGCAGUGAUCAUAUACAAAAAAAAAGAUCAAAACUAUUAAGUGCAGAUGUCAAACUGCACUCAGUCUUGCUGAGUUUUAGGAUUGCCAAGUGUGUAUAUAUAUGGUUGUCAGUUACUUAUAUUAACUGUUUAAACCUCAUGAAAGAGUAAUUUUUUCAUAAACCACUCUGAGGAUUAGAAGGUGGUAUUCCUAGCGUUCUGCUUUAUUAUGGAAUUUCUUGCAACUCGUAGAUUAGACAUGAGAUAAGGUUUACUUCCAGCAUAUGUAUAGGAAGCAGCAGGAUGUGAGGAAUGCAUUAAAAAGAGGUGGAUCUCUUAAUUUCCACAUCUAAGCAGAGAUCACACCUGUAAUUCUCGAAUACUUCACCUCCAAUCCCAACAUGCUCCAGAGCAAACUAGCCCAUAUGGUGCUUGUACAAGAGGAAGUGCAGUAGCAUAAGGAUGAUGGAAGAGAUGCAGAUCAACGUUUCUGGCAUAAUCUUUUACUUAAACAAUAACAACAAAAUAACCCUAGCAUCAAUCUAGCCUCUAAUUUUAAAGGCCUCAGCUCUGAUUCAAGAGCCUUUGAUGCAAACUGCCAGCCAGUAUUAUUUCUCAAACUGUUAACUGCUGUGUUAAUGAGAUACGACUGCAGAAAAAGUGCAUUUGAACUGGGAAGAUAGCAGUAUGUUAAAAAAAAAAAUCUAUUAACAAGAACUGGUUAUCAUAUGCGAUAGAUGCUAAGCGACAAUAUGCUUGCCGUAUUGAACAGAGGCUUACGGCCCCAGGUUUCUCGUGGCAUCUCGAACAGGCUCAGCAGCUCCUUCGCUGUGGGGCCUUGGACUGUUGGGACCCCUCUUACAGUCAUACAGAAGGUUGUUUGAUGAGGUGGUGCAGGAUUUCAACUCAGGAGGGUUCCUCCCUAUCACAAACACUGUAAUUAAAAAAAAAAAUCACACCUUAAGCUUCUGUGGGAGAAGUUCAUCCAUCUUUCAGAUUUCUUUCAAUAGUUUUAGAGAAGGUCUGUUCUCUACUACCUUUGUAUUCAUCUUCAAGAAAUGGUAUUCCAUUAAAAUUGGUUCAGCAACUUA